AUGGAAGCAGGUCGUUCUACUACACCGCUUCGGGGCCAAGGCUUCGUCCUUGCGCUAAAGCUCACCAUAAUGAUCGAUGCAACGCUCGAGCGCGCAUCGACCUCGAUCGGCGAUCUCAAUCGGAUUCCACCCAAAGCUGGCCCUCCGGACGCCAAGCUAUCGAUAGCAGCGACUCAAGGGUCGUUCCGCAUCGAUUUGUUCAGUGGUGGAGGCUUCGGUUUCUUGGCAUCGGUCGAAGACGGUAAAGUGUCGCCUUCAGUGGUCCCUUUUAGAGUUCAUCUGAUCCCGACAGGCAAGGAGCCAUGGGACAAAGCGAGGGCAGCCGGCUUGGAUCUGCUAGGUCCAGCGGCAGGGGCAAGUGGCAUUGGCGGCUACAAUGGUCGCACCGAAGCUGAUGCGGAGCGGCGCGGGAGAGAGGAAACGGACGAGGCUUUUGCGAUGCUCUGCCUGACCGAUGCGCCCAUCCCACAUGCCUGCACGCACAUGCAAGGGUCUGAUGAAUUUGGGCGCGUUCGAUGCAGCCUCCUCGCCCAGCUUUGCAACCCUGUCGACGCCUUGCCAUUCUCGCCUUCUGAUGAUCGCAAAUCACGCUCAUUCUUGGGCCUCGAGUGCUCGUAG